AUGUCAGAAGAAAGACAGCAGUUAUUAGAACAAAAAAGGAAAAGGCUACAGGAGUUAAAGCAAAGAAGGAAUGGGCAAUCCGCGCUGGUUGUUGAAAUGCCAAGGCCAAAGACGGCAGUGGACGCUUCGACGCAGACCACAACAGAAAACAGCAAUAGUUUGAACUUGGACAGUUACGCUGCCCCAGUUGUGACUUCGCUGAAAGACCAGCCGCUAACAGAUAAUCGACAGCUAACGAGGUUUGAUGUGGCAAUUCAAGCGACAACCGACGACACUGGCCAUACGCGUGCAGGCAAUACUGAAAUGACUGCCACCAGAUCAAUCUCGACCAAGAAAGAGAUCUCUUCUUUUGAUCUAAACGAAGCAUUGAUAGAGUCGGUCAAGCUCGUCAACCGGAUCCAAAUCAACAAAUCAAUCAACUUGAGCGAAACGAAAAUAGAAUCUAAAACAAAUUCAGCUUUUAUCAAAAGAACGCUUUCGUUUACGUUGGAUCGGCAAAUUAUAGAUCUUGAUGUUUCACCCCACAAGGAAGGCCAAUUUGUUGUCUGCUAUACAAAAUCGACUACGGAUAACUAUGAUGCGAUUGUUUUUGAUCAGGUUAGCGAUAAGCUACUUCCAGUAAAUUAUUUAUCUUGCAUUUCUGUCAUCACAAAGAUAAGGUUCGAUGUGAAUAACACCGGUCGCAUUAUUGGCAGUUCGAGUAAUGGUGCAUUGUGCAUUUGGGAGAUUGAAUUUGCUGCGUUAAUUCAAUCACCUUCAUUAUCUACACCUCCGAGCUUCUUAACAACCAAAAGAGAGUGGCAGCCGCAUUUGGACGAAUUAGUUUUGCUACAACAAGUUAAAGUCGACACCAAUGAGUGCAUCUUGACUUUAUCAAAGGAUGGUGUACUAAAUAUCUGGUCCAGCAACUUAUUAAAUAAGCCAAAGUACUCGGUUAAGUUGAGCGAUGAAGCCAGUGGAGUACGGAUAAAGGACGCGGUAUAUCUUGGUAAUGACAUGUUUGUAGGCGAAAUCAACAAGCGUUUGUUGAAGAUGGUACUUGUUAGUCUUGACGGGAAGAUAUAUAACCAGGAAUUAAACUUGAUUCAUGAAGAUAAACACAGUCUUGUAAUCAAUUCUGUGGAGAGUAUUGGCAAAGACAUGAUCAUAUCGGCUCAUUCAGAUUGGCAGUUACGCUUAUGGAAAGAAGGGCAGACUGCACCCUUUAAAAUACUAUCUAUGUUCUAUGUGGCCAAGCAUAUCGUGAAAAGGCCGCAUGCUGAUUACCAAUUCAUUACAGUGGGCUUAUUCAAACAAAAGUACUACGUUGACCUUUGGGAUAUUUCCAAAAAAUUGUAUUCGCCGUUGUUGAGGAUAGUAGAAGAGACGGAUCCUCCAAAUUUCACUCUACUCGAUCAACGAGAAUUACAAUUGGGAGGUUUCUGA